GGCGCGCGCAGCCGCAGAGCACCGCAGCCUUGCGGGCUAGCACAAACGCUGCGCAUUUGCCAGCCCAUCCGCCCGUCCGGAGCCCGGCUCGCUGGCGCAGCAUGGCGAGGUCGCCACUGCUCUGCGGGCCGCAGGCCGGGGGCGUCGGUCUCUCGGUGCUGCUGCUGUUGGGCCUACUUCGGCCAGUCCCCGCGCUGGGUACAAGGCCGGUAAAGCAGGAGCCCCGCGGCCUGGGCGCACCCUCGCCGCCCAUGGCUGAGACUGGCGCCUCCCGCCGGUUCAGACGGGCAGUGCCCGGGGGAGAGGCGGCAGGGGCUGUGCAGGAGCUGGCCCGGGCGCUGGCUCACCUGCUGGAGGCCGAACGGCAGGAGCGGGCGCGGGCGGAAGCACAGCAGGCUGAGGAUCAGCAAGCCCGCAUCCUGGCGCAAUUGCUGCGUCUCUGGGGCUCACCCCGCCCUUCAGACUUGAGUCUGGGCCAGGACGACGACCCCGACGCGCCCGCCACACAGCUUGCGCGUGCCCUGCUCCUCACUCGCCUGGACCCUGCCGCCCUCGCUGCUCAGCUGCUCCCCGUCCCCGCCUCUGUGCUUAGAACCCGGCCCUCGGCCUACGAUGACCGCCCCACUGGCCAGGGCGCCGAGGACGCCGGUGACUGGACACCCGACGUGGACCCUGAGCUGCUGAGGUACGUGCUGGGGCGGCUCCUCACUGGAAGCCCGGACCCCGAGACGGUGGGCACCCCGCGCCGCCUCCGCCGCGCGGCAGACCAGGAUCUGGGCCCUGAUGUGCCUCCUGAAGGCGUGCUGGGGGCGCUGCUGCGCGUGAAACGCCUGGAGAGCCCCGCGCCCCAGGCGCCCAUGCGACGCCUCUUGCGGCCCUGAGCACCCGCGGAGUCUCGCGCGCCCUCUGACCCAGGACCGCCCACGCCUCUGACACGCAGACUGCUCCCCCUCAACACUUUGAGAGCGACCUACCCCAGCCAGCCCUUUUGCUGCCCUUUAACCCCAAGAUCCCCACCACCUGGCCCCACAAUAAAUACUACAUGAAGCAGCUAUGUGCUUGUCAUUGUGAGUGGCAGUGUCGAGGGGUUGGCGGACUGGUGGUGGUAACCGUCUUUAGAUCAGGGCAGAAGGGCCCCUGCCCUGGGUCCCACACUUUAGAGACACAUCCCACACCAUAUCCCCC